GGUUCCCGCUUCCAGAUUUUGAGAACAUGAACAUGAAGAUGUGGAUGUGGAGUGAGCAGCAGCGGCCUCUGCGUCUUCCACUGCUCCAAUUCCUCAUCCAAUCCGCUCAGGAACUGAAAGUCGCACCGAUUGUGAAAUACGCCGCAUUGUCACUCUUCUUUGAUCGAUUCUACCCCUCCUUGUCCAGGUUCACACAACAAGGGGAUGACACUGCAAACUGGCUUUUGCAACCAAUAAGAGAGAGCAACUUGCAGUUGUUUGCGCUUAUUUCUAUAUGGGUUUCGAGCAAAAUACAUGAUUCCCGUCCAUUGUCGGUGAAAAGUUUGAAGUCUUUGAGCGACAAGACUAUCACGGAACAACAUUUUACAACGCGUGAUUUUGUAGAAGCAGAGGUGGUCUUAUUGCAGGUGUUGGGUUUUGAGAUUGGUACGGCAAACAAUGCUUUUGUAUUUCUUGAAGAGCUUUAUUUUCAGUUCAAGGAAGUGGCAAAAUUGGGCGAGGUUUUGAACUUUGAAGCAUGCAUUGAUAUUAUGGAUCUUCUUUAUGAAAGGGAUGAGACAUCGGUUCUUUAUAGUUCUCCUCGUUCUCUUGCUGCAUCAGUUUUGGUUGCUUCAUAUGUCAUUACAGUCCCUAAACAGAGGCAGGAGUUUCCUGUUCUUCCCUGGGUGAAGUUCGUAACCUCAUGCAAAGAAGAGGAUAUCAUAGAGAUCGUCACAGACAUUCUGAAGCAUGUGUUUGAGCCUUCUUGAUUGUUACAAGGUAUUUGAUUUUUAACCAGGAAGCACUAAUGACUUAUGGAUGCAAAGUAGGCAAAUGUUAUUUUCACCCUCAAAAGUAUCGCUUUAGAACUCACACGUGUCAUCCCACCAGGAGGUGCUGGUGCUGAAGCAAACAUUUUGGGGUAUUGAAGUAGCAUCCCAAGGAAAGCUCUUUUUUAAUCCUUUUUUGCUAAUCCUCAUUAAAAGCUACUUAAAUUUACGUUAUAGUGAGGUCUUUUAUCUGUAAAAAGUGAUUGUAAUAAAGAUGAGCCCAGAAAAUUGUGAAAAUAGAUAGUUAGGUGGGGUUUCAUCAAUCCAAAUCCAGAAAGUGCUUUUGGACAGUUCAUGAAGUGUGGGCUCUACCACACGGCCAAUUGAGUUCAUGGACAAAAACUCUUAAUUUUUCAUGUCCCUUUAGAGGUAAGUCUCAAGAGAGAGGGAGAGAGUGCCAAAACUUUGUACUGCCGAGCAUGGGCAU